AUGAGGCUCAUCUCAGCAGCUCUGCUUCUCAUGCUCCUGGUCAGCAGCAGCCUCUCUCCAGUCCAUGGUGUUCUGGAAGCCUAUAACACAAACUUGAAGUGUAGCUGUGUUCAAGGGAUCUCAGACUUUAUCCAUGUAAGACAGAUUGGUCGGCUUCAAAUUAUACCUCCUGGGAAUGGUUGCCCAAUUGAACAAAUCAUAAUCAGGUUGAAGAAUAAGACAACUGUGUGUAUGAACCCUCACACCUCAUGGAUCAAGAAAUUAAUAAAUUAUUUAUCAAAAAAAAAUUUGUUUUCAACUCAAGCUCCAGCGAUGAAGAAGAUGGGCUGA